AUGACUGCCUCGUUCACUCGCCCGCUCAAGGGCUCCAGAAUAUCCUCUUUCUAUCCUGUAAAAGCUGUACCACCUCUGUCGUCUCUUGAGUCUGCCUUCCAAUUGCAGGAAUAUAUCUCGCUACUCAUUCGCCAUGACAUUCACGACGUUGACGCCAUUGUUUCGAUACCAGACGCGUCGAGAGACGGGUCUGAGGAGGAGAAGGAGGGGAGGGAAGUGACUGUAGAUGAGGCAUGCUGGAUAUAUGAACAACUUCGGCGCCUGGCACAAGACCUCUCACACCCUCUCAUCACAAUGCUCCAGCAAGAGUGUACUCGUCAGUCUUGUCCCGAGAUGAAGGCUGGCGAGUGGCUGUAUCUCUGUGUUGCUCACGGCAACGAAGGCUCAAUGGAGCAAUGUUGCGCUAUCGACUACAUCCUCCACACGGUGGACAGUGCAACUGCAUUGCUCAACUCCCCUCGUGCUUUCCCCUCCCGCCUCUCGAUCCCACCAACCUCAAAUCGCCACUUCUCGUCGCUAGCGCGCCGUCUCGGCCGCAUAUUUGCCCAUGCCUUCUUCCACCACCGCGAAAUAUUCGAACAAGCCGAAGCGGAGUCUUCGCUCUAUGCUCGCUUUCUCGCCUUGACUUCGCGGUUCGACCUCGUUCCGCCGGAGUUCCUGGUGAUUCCCCCACGUCUACACCCCGAGGAUACAGUGCCAGAGGAUGUCGAACCACCACGCUUACUCGCAGCCGCCGUAGAACCCCACGCGCCGCUCUCGGAACCAGAAUUCCCUGCUGCUGCAGACCCUAGCCCACGAAAGAAUCGCUCACGCACCGACACGAUGGUAUUCAGUGAAGCUUACAAUAUGGCGGAAGAGCUCGCCCGUCAGGACGUGCCAGACGUCUCUCCGGAGGAAUCUGGGGAAGCAGGGGACGAAUUGCUCGAGUCGCAUCCCGAAGCCCCAGCGCCAGGCGUGCCGACGAACCUCGAAGAUGCGGGCGUACCGCUCGCAGCACACGAGCCUGAGUCCGAAGAACCAUUCCAUGCUUCUGCGAAUGAGUUCCCAGAUUCAUCUGUGGACCCGUCUUUGGCGCGCUCGCCGGAGUUGGCUGAGGCUGGACCUGAGCCUGCGGAAGGAGAUGUUACAGAGGACGCGGACAUGGGCGAACCGCUCGACGCGCAGGAUGUGGAAGAGGAUGUGUCGCUGGAGGAUGAGCACCAUGAAGAGGCGGACGUUACGGACGAGCCGUUGGAUCUUCAUGAGGAAAAGGAGCACCCAGCCGAGGCUGAUCUUGCGCAUGAGACGCCGGCGUCUACUGAUACGGCGGCAUAG